AAUAUUACAAUUACACAAAAAAUUAUGAAACAAAGUUUGACUUUUGCGGUCAUUUUAUUGGCCAUGCUUUCCAUGAUCAAUGCUUUUCCACUUCAUAAAAGAAAAACUGAAUUUUCAGAUUGUGAAGGCCUACAUCUCGAUGUAAAAUCAAUGACGCCUGAUCCUAUCCAAGCAGGAAAAAACGCAACCUUUACCAUUUCCGGAGAUUUUACCACACAUCCGUUAACGUCAGAAUUCAAGCAAUAUAUUGCAAUUGGUGAAGGUUUUGCUUAUAUAGCAACCUAUGAUCAAGAUAUUUGUAGUGACAGCAGUGUCAGCAGUAGUGACAUACCCAAGUGUCCAGUUACCGAUUAUAAUACAACGAUGACGAUUCAGGUGCCAGACUAUUUAGACAGCAGUUACGUACUUUUAGUCUUUAUUUGGGAUGGGAAUUAUACGUCGAAGGGGCCGGAAUGGUUGGCCUGUGCACGUGCCUUUGUUGGCCAAUGAAAUUGCUGACGGGUGUCCUAUCGCCUCAUAUCAAUUAAAAUAGUUUUUUUUUUCUUGAUGAAUUAAUCCUUUUUUAAUAAGUCAUUUUUUUUUGCUAAAUUUGCCAAACUAAUAAUAAUUACAAACCAAUAAAGUAAACUAAUUCUUUAAUUACUACGGUUGGU